CAUUGGCCGGUGCCUCCCCGUCACCGGAUCUCUUGGUGCUUUUGCCUUAAAUAACGACUCUCUUGCCCAAACUCUCUCUCUCCCCUACCGUUUCUCUUUCUUUCUUCUUCAUAAUUCAUUCAUUCAUUCAUACAAUUACAAUUACACACCUUCUGUUUCUCUCUCUAGAUUUCCCUCUGAAACUCUCUCUCUCUAUCUCUCUCUCUCCGAAUUACAAAUCUCAAAAGGCUUAAAAAGUUAGAGAGAGAAUUGCCCACACAGCACAACACACACAUACAGAGCAAUAAUUCACUUUUCUUUUCCGAGUAUCUUCCCCUUCCUUUUCUUUCUUUAUUCAUUUGCCAGCUCUUCUCCUCUCGUCCUUCCCAUACCCAUUUCUCUCUCUUUCUCUCUCUUCUUUCUCUCUUCUCCUCCUCCUCCUCAUCAUCAUCAUCACCGCACGCAGAGAGAAGAUCUGCUUCGGCUACGUCGAAUUCUCCUCAACUUCGCGAUCAUCAACCGAGCUCGAUCGGAUUCGAUCAUUUCACUCUUGAAAUCUUGGUGGAUUUCCACAGAGCAGAGAACAGACAACUAAAAGGGUCCCUUUUUGUUUUUUUUUUUGGUCGUUGCACUCAGAAUAUUAAUAACAAACAAUUUCAAGCAAUGUCUAGCUCCACAAAAGCUUUGGAUCCCGCAUUUCAAGGAGCGGGUCAGAGAGUAGGGAGUGAAAUUUGGCGGAUUGAGGAUUUUCAGCCAGUUCCUGUACCAAAGUCUGACUAUGGGACAUUCUACAGUGGGGAUUCGUACAUUGUACUACAGACAACACAAGGAAAAGGGGGUGCUUAUCUAUUCGACAUCCACUUCUGGCUUGGAAAAGAUACAAGUCAGGAUGAAGCUGGAACUGCAGCUAUCAAAACUGUUGAACUUGAUGUGGUUCUUGGCGGACGUGCUGUGCAACAUAGGGAAAUUCAAGGCCAUGAAUCUGACAAAUUUUUGUCAUACUUCAAACCAUGUAUUAUACCGUUGGAGGGAGGUGUUGCAUCUGGAUUUAAAAAACCUGAGGAAGAAGAAUUUGAAACACGGUUAUAUAUCUGCAGAGGAAAAAGAGUAGUCAGAAUGAAACAGGUCCCUUUUGCCCGCUCUUCGCUGAACCAUGAUGAUGUAUUCAUCUUGGACACCAAGAACAAGAUUUAUCAGUUCAACGGUGCGAAUUCCAAUAUACAGGAAAGGGCCAAGGCUUUGGAAGUAAUUCAGUUUUUGAAGGAGAAGUAUCAUGAGGGAACAUGUGAUGUUGCCAUUGUAGAUGAUGGGAAAUUGGACACCGAAUCAGAUUCAGGUGAGUUCUGGGUCCUCUUUGGUGGCUUUGCUCCAAUUGGCAAGAAGGUUGUCACAGAAGAUGAUGUUAUUCCGGAGGUCACUCCUGCUAAACUCUACAGCAUAACUGAUGGUGAAGUGAAGAUUGUGGAGGGUGAACUAUCAAAAUCCUUGUUGGAAAACAAUAAAUGUUAUUUACUGGACUGUGGUGCUGAGAUAUUUGUUUGGAUUGGUCGAGUAACACAGCUCGAGGAGAGAAAAGCUGCCAUCCAAACAGCUGAGGAAUUUGUUGCAAGUCAAAAUAGGCCGAAAGCAACACGUAUAACCCGGCUUAUUCAAGGCUAUGAGACUCAUGCAUUCAAGUCCAACUUUGAUUCUUGGCCAUCAGGAUCUGCAGCUCCUGGUGCUGAGGAAGGACGAGGAAAGGUCGCAGCUUUGCUGAAACAACAAGGUGUUGGUGUCAAGGGCAUGACAAAAAGUGCUCCUGUAAAUGAGGAAGUCCCACCCUUGCUUGAAGGAGGUGGAAAGCUGGAGGUAUGGCGCAUCAAUGGCAAUGCCAAAACUCCAGUGCCCAAAGAAGAUAUUGGUAAAUUUUAUAGUGGAGAUUGCUACAUCAUUCUUUAUACCUACCACUCAGGUGAUAGGAAAGAAGAUUACUUUUUAUGCUGUUGGUUUGGAAAGGAUAGCAUUGAGGAGGACAAGAAGAUGGCUUCUCGUUUGGCUAACACCAUGUCCAACUCACUGAAGGGGAGACCUGUUCAGGGUCGCAUAUUUCAAGAUAAAGAGCCACCUCAGUUUAUUGCUCUUUUCCAGCCUAUGGUGGUCCUGAAGGGUGGCUUGAGUUCAGGUUAUAAAAAAUUUAUAGCAGAGAAAGGCUUGGCAGAUGAAACUUACACAGCAGAUGGUGUGGCCCUAAUCAGGAUUUCUGGAACUUCUGUUCACAACAACAAAGCACUUCAAGUUGAGGCGGCGGCAACAUCAUUGAACUCUGCUGAGUGUUUCCUUCUACAAUCUGGCUCUUCGGUUUUCACUUGGCAUGGAAACCAAUGCACGUUUGAACAGCAACAGUGGGCUGCAAAAGUUGCAGAGUUUUUGAAGCCUGGAGUUUCUCUGAAACAUGCUAAAGAAGGAACUGAGAGCUCAUCCUUCUGGUUUGCUCUUGGAGGGAAACAAAACUACACCAGUAAAAAGGCUGCUACAGAAGUAGUCAGAGAUCCCCAUUUGUUCACAUUCUCAUUGAAUAAAGGAAAGUUUCAGGUGGAGGAAGUGUACAACUUCUCUCAAGAUGAUUUGUUGACAGAGGAUAUAUUGAUUCUCGACACGCAUGCUGAAGUAUUUGUCUGGGUGGGUCAAUGUGUAGAUUCUAAAGAAAAGCAAAGUGCUUUCGAAAUUGGGGAGAAAUACAUAGAGUUGGCUGCAUCUCUGGAGGGAUUGUCUCCUUCUGUACCGCUGUACAAAGCUUCCGAAGGAAAUGAACCUUGCUUCUUCACAACAUACUUUUCAUGGGAUAAUACAAAAGCCGCUAUUCAAGGAAACUCGUUCCAAAAGAAGGUCUCAAUACUCUUUGGCUUUGGGAGUGGUGUGGAGGACAAAUCUAAUGGAAAUCAAGGAGGUGGGCCAACACAAAGGGCUUCAGCUUUAGCUGCCCUAUCUUCUGCAUUUAAUCCAUCAUCUGGAAAGUCACCCACGAGUCAGGAUAGAUCCAAUGGCUCGGGACAAGGACCAAGGCAAAGAGCUGAAGCUUUAGCUGCUUUAUCAUCUGCGUUUAGUUCAUCCUCGGGACCCAAAUCUUCCACUCCCAGGCCUUCUAGUUCUGGUCAAGGCUCACAAAGAGCUGCAGCAGUUGCUGCUCUUUCUCAAGUUCUUACUGCUGAAAAGAAAACGAAAUCAACUGAUGGCUCUCCAACUAGAAGUCCUCCAUCAGAAAGUAGCCACCCUGAGGAAGAGAAAAGUGAAAGUGCCAAUUCCGAAACAGAGGGCUCUCAGGAUGUUGCGGAAGUCAAGGAGGUGGAGGAAGUUGUGACAGGUUCUGAGAACAAUUCCCCAAAUCAAGAGACAGUGCAGGAUGAGAACGACAGUGAAGGUAGUCUAAGUACAUUCAGUUAUGAUCAACUGAAGGCUAAAUCUGACAAUCCGGUUACUGGAAUUGAUUUCAAGCGAAGAGAGGCCUAUCUUUCAGAUGAAGAGUUCCAAACCGUAUUCGGAAUUACAAAGGAAGCCUUCUAUAAAUUGCCAAAGUGGAAGCAAGACAUGCAGAAGAAGAAAUUUGAUCUGUUUUGAGGCUGAAUCCGCUUGAUUUGAGUGCGCGUUCCUUCUGCUCCUUUUGCAUCCUAACUUACUGUUCUUCAUUCAUUUUGAUCGGAAACUUAUUAUUUGGGUAAUUGUGGUUUUUAUUGGUACGCAAUGCCUUGAUAUCCAUGUUUAGCAUUGUUUAUAUUUUCCCUUUUGAUGAACAUGGUACUUCGGUUAGAUUUGGUAUUGAUUGUGCUGCCGCUCGAGAGUGAUUUCGAUUUCGAUUUCAUUUUAGUUUUCUCCUUUUGUAAGUGCUGCUACCCCUUGUAAGGAUUACAGAUGGUAGCUCUAAAGGCAGCACGCAGGUCAAAUUCUUUCAUUUGGUCACUAUGUCUUUCAUAUUGUGGUUAUUUGACUGUUUUUUAAUCUCUUUAUUAUUGUUAUUUUUUUUCUUUUUGAAGAAGGGGGUGUAUAUGUAUCAAAUCUGUACUUGUUUCAAAUACAGGGAAUGAGAAACUGUUUGCUGUUUUUUGUAUUUACAA